CCUUAGGGGCAGCAGGAGCCUGCACCUCUUCCGCCACACCGCCACACACCUGCCCAGUGUUACCAGCGGCUAAGGCGUCCCUGUAGCAGCGGCAGCGAGGGACGCAAGCACCAAGAGUCACAGCUGGGGUCAUCAGUCACCAUGCGGACUUGUAACAUGGUGACUGCUAUCCUUUGGGUGACGGCCGCCCUCCUGUCAUGGGCAGCAGGGGAGAGAGCACAGUACAGGCCUCCUGCAGACUUGGGCCUCAGUCCUGUCCCACUCCCAUCAAAGACAAAGGAGUCACGAGUUUUCUUCGGCUCCUCAGCAUGUACGUACCAAGGCAAAACAGGCACUUGCUAUGGUACUGUGGAGUGCCUGGCGCUGGCUGGUACCUUUGGGAACUUCUGCCGCGGACUAUCAGGACUCUGUUGCCUAUUUCACCGCUCGUGUGGCAUGAGAACAUCACAAAAGUCCGCCUAUUUCCAAAAUGAGAACUACCCACAAAGUGCCCGUGUUGAGAAAAACUGUGAGAUGAGAGUUGUUAAGCGCUCAGAUGAAUUUUGUGCCCUUAGAGUGAUAAUGAAAGAGGCAGACUUUCCUAAGCCAUCCAGGGCUGGGUUCUGUAAUGAUGCUUCUUAUGUAGUCACUGGAACUCGGAGCAGUGCCAUUGCACCAAAAUGUGGUGAUCUCACUGGACAGACUUACACCUACGACAUGAGGUACACAGAUGAACUGCAGCUCAGCAUCAACACCACCACAAUGCGGAAUGGCCUCCAGUGGAACAUGGAGAUCCACCAAGUUCCCUGCUCUGAAUACAACAACCAGUUAGCUGGCGGUGAUGGGGUUGAGGCUGGCUCUGGCUCUGAAGGUGGAACAGUCCCCAUUGAACCUGAUGGCUCUACUGGAACUCAAGGCCCCAUUGGACCUGAUGGCUCUACUGGAACUCAAGGCCCCAUUGGACCUGAUGGCUCUACUGGAACUCAAGGCCCCACUGCACCUUUAAAACCUCCUCCAGUAAAACCACCGGCCCCACCAGCCCCACCUCCUACAAAGCCUACGUCACCACCACCAAGCAAUAUAAAGUGUGGAGAACGAGGACCACCAUUCACGACAUCAAGAAGUAGAGACUACGCCAGGAUUUGGGAGCCCACGGGAAGGCGUAACUAUCCGAGACCUGGAGAAACUUUCCAGAGACCAAGUUCUACGUACCGAGGAGGCAGACCAAAUAGGAGAACUUCAAACAGACGCAGACCAAAUAGGAAAUCAUCGAGUAACAGAUCAACAAUAAACAAGAGACAAGAAACAGAUUCAAAGCAGACUUCUGCGGUGCAACAAGAAACUACAGUGGUUCCAAAACCCAGAUUCACGGGAGUAAUCAAAUCAACUGAAUGGGGAGUACCAGAUCUAACUGACACACUCUUCCAUGAAUACAUGGGUCAGCGUUUUCGUCCUCCAACUCGCAUCACUUUUGGACGGUUGGCUGGAAUAAGAGAAAUCCCUUGGCAGGUGGCCAUGGUGGUGGACGGCAAGUUCCACUGUGGAGGCGUCCUCAUUGGAGAACAGUGGAUCCUUACUGCAGCCCACUGUGUUGUCCGGUAUAAAGAUACACCCCACAAACUGGAACUGACUCUUGGUGACUGGGAUCUCAAAACAGAUAAAGAUGGAAAGUCCCUAAACGUUACUGCACAGCGUGUCACCGUACAUCCCUCUUACUCCCGUGCCACUCUGCAGAAUGAUGUUGCAGUAAUAAGGCUGGCUUCAACGGUCACAUAUACAGAAAGAAUCAAGCCUGCUUGUUUACCCACUACUGAUAUAGAGUUGGCUGGUAAGGAAUGCACUAUUUCUGGCUGGGGAAGAAAUGAAGCAAAGUUACUCCAGGAACAGCUACAAGUAUUGGAGGCAAAAGUCGUGAGCAAUGUUCUGUGUGAUGAGCGAUGGAAUACGCAAGGGGCUCCAAAGGGUUUUAUUGUUGACUCAAUGAAGUGCAUGGAUGCAACAAGUGGAGACUCCUGCAAUGGUGACAGUGGCGGCCCGUCAGUGUUAGAGCAUCCUCCGGGGUCUGGGAGGUACGUGUUGGUGGGGAUAGUGUCCUUCGGCUCUGGCUCCUGUGUGGACCCUCAGCUUCCGGGCGUUUACACUAGAGUGUCCUACUUCAGACAAUGGAUUUCAGAUAACAUGGUCUAGUUCUUACCAUCUCUCUCCAUUGAACAACUUUAUGAUAUUCUGUACCUUUCAUAUUAUUUAUAUUACAAAUUA